ACGACAAUAGCGUAAAAGGUAAAAGGUCGACACUCUUGUCACCGGCUUGGAACCGACCGGGCAUCGCAACAACACGCCUUCAAUAGGUGUAUUUGAAAUUGAAAGAGGACCGUGACAUUAUCUCUGGUUUGAGGUGGAUUCAUAAGUAACAUAAAAUAUACAAAAAUGGCCAAGAAACGAAGAGAACAACGAGAAGUUGAUAGCAUUUCGGCAGAGACGUUAACCGAAGAGGAAUCGAAGAAAAAGGAAGCAGAUGUAAUCAAAGCAGGUCCAUCACAUUCUGAAGGAGGGUCAGCACGUAUGUCACUCCUUAUCUUGGUCUCCAUCUUCUCCUGUGCGGCCUUUGUCAUGUAUCUGGUCUACAGAAAUUUCCCAGAUCUGACUGAUGAUGAGAAGGAUAAGAUGAAAAUCCCCAAAGACAUGGAUGACGCCAAGGCCUUGGGCACAGUGCUGUCCAAAUACAAGGACACUUACUACGCCCAAGUCCUGCUUGCCUACUUCGCAACAUAUGUCUUCCUCCAGACGUUUGCCAUCCCGGGCUCCAUCUUCCUCAGUAUCCUCUCAGGCUACCUGUACCCUUUUCCUCUCGCUCUGUUCCUGGUCUGCCUGUGUUCAGGCCUGGGAGCUUCCUUCUGCUACAUGCUGUCCUAUCUGGUGGGCCGACCGGUGGUUUAUAAGUACUUGACAGAGAAGGCCUUGAAGUGGUCCCAGCAGGUUGACAAACAUAGGGAACACCUCAUUAAUUACAUCAUUUUUCUACGGAUCACGCCCUUCCUGCCAAACUGGUUCAUCAACAUCACCUCCCCUGUCAUCAAUGUCCCCCUGGGGGUCUUCUUCCUGGGCACUUUCUUGGGUGUGGCGCCUCCGUCCUUCGUGGCGAUCAACGCGGGUACGACCCUGUACAAACUGACCACAGCGGGGGAGGCCGUGUCCUGGAACUCUCUGGCCGUUCUCGGGGUGCUGGCCCUGCUCUCCAUACUGCCAGUCUGCUUCCAGAAGAAGCUUCAACAGAAAAUGGAGUAGCCUUGUCCCCCGCCCCCCACCCCGCCCUGCCACAUCAUGCACUGCCCCACCCACCAGGCCGUGCUCGCUCCUGGCCACUCCCUCCUCCACCAGUCAUGUGGAUUCCCAACACCCGCACAGCAGGCUCAGGUCACCGUGGAAACCGCUGACUCAGCCAGCCGUGUGUCCGAGGGGGGCAGUCAGCACCAUGUGGCUCCUCUCUUCAUGGGGGGGCGGGAUGUGUUUCUUAACCUUUAAAUGCUCAUUCUCAGUCGCUGUGACAGUCUGGGUCUACCCAUAAUGUGUUUACAUGUGAAAUGAUCUUAAUGUCAACCACAAACUCUUCUCACCAGCAGUUAAUUAAUAUUCCCCUUGCACUCCACUCUGUCCCGCCCAUGCUUCCUGUACAUCAGUGUCAUUUAUUCCAGACCCUAUGGCUACACGAACAACUGUCUAAACCAAUCACGCGUAACUUGAAAGCAAUAUCUAUUCAGCCAAUUGUGUUGACGAUUUUCAUUUGUUUGUGUCUUCCCUGGCCAAGUGGGUGCUUGUUCAGUGGAGAAUGGAGAAUGUGCCUCACAUAUAUACACUUUUAAAAAUAAGAAAGGCCUCAUUUUUAUUUUUAAUACUUUGUUUCCCCUGCAAAUGUUAUUUACCAUGUGUUGCAACAAAUCUGUCUUUCAACUGAUUCCAUUUUUGUUUAUAUAUUGUCAAAAUGGAGGCUGGCUUAGGCUACUUGAUAAGUUGUGCCCUGUAGAAAGGAGACAAGAAACAGGUUUGUCCUAAAAGGAGGACUGCUGUCUAUUUGUUGAAUAGUAGGCUACUUGUCAUACCACAGAAUGCUCUCCAAACACACAAUGUAAAAUCAGUGGGUGAAAAUCUGCUUGUUUCUGCAUAGACCGCACAGAUUACAACGAGUUAGCUGAUGAUUGCCAUUCAACAAUAAACUGACUGCCCAGAAAAUAUAGAUGUAUUUGCAUCUCCAACAUCUUCUCAGACAGUACGAACUGCCCACGUUGUUAGUGCGAGCCUAAUGUUGUCACCAUUCUUUCGUGGUUGUACAAGCUUAGUGCUGAAUGAAGUGAGGAUGACCAGUACCUAGCCCCUCCCCCUCUGUGCGUGGUGUGACAGAAAGUGUUGCUGGUUUUUGUAGUGCUGAGGUAGUGUUUCUGUGUUGACUGAUUGGCCAGUCUUCUCCAGCUGGCUCAGUGGAAGACGAUGCAGCCAUUUCAUUUGUGGGAUUUCCAUUCAGUGGGUCUCUAUCAGUGACUCUCACAGCCCCACCUCUAAAUGUGUUGUGAGUUGAGGCUCAUUUGUCCCUCGUUGUAGGGUCCUUUCAACCAUGAAGGAUCCUAAAACGGGUGUGUGAUCGCUAGUCUCCCACCGCUAUGUGUGGGUUGCUGAUGAUGGACCUUUUGUGUUAUUGUGUGUGCUUGUCAUUUCAUUUGAUCUUUAUUUUUGCCUUUAUAGUACAUGAUAAGAGGUUACUGUGGAAGCUUUAUGUCAGAAGACAUGCAACAUUUUAAGCUGUUGCUGGGAGUGUUUGGGCCCUAUUCCCAGUCCUGUACUAUUAAGGUGUCAACUGAAAUGUAUCUUUCCUUUGCAUAAUUUCUCCUUAUUUUCUUAGAUGCUGUAUGUAAGAAUUAUCAAGACAAUGUAAGGAUGAACUGUGCUAAAAGGAAUGGUGGACCUCCUUAAGGUGGAAACUACUGGUAACAGAAAGAACCCUUUGGGAUUUAAUGUGAUGGUUUCUGAUGGCUUACUUCCCUUGAGUCUUCAUUUUCCCCUACUUCAGCAAGUGUGGUUUGACACCUUUUUAUAUUUGAGACUUGUUUAACAUCUAAUUAAAGUAACCAUUCCAAUAUAGUCAUGAGAUCUAACUUUUGGAGUUGUUAAAACUGUAAUAGUACUUUGUUUUGAAGACCAAGACCUGCCAAUUAAUUUCUGCAGUUCUCACAAUAUUUAAGCUGGGUUUUACGAGGGCACAGAACUAUUACCUGAAAGUCUGAUGUUGGCUCCCUGCAGUUGCUGAUGUUUGUGGCACACAGAGGUUUUGUGGGUUAUUAAUGCCCCGACUGAGGUGAUUUUGCAUUUUUAAAUUGGACUCAGCGUGCCAGUAAGAGUUGAAGGCCCUUUAGGUACAUGCUCGGCCUUCAUAAAGGUUGGCAUGCAGGGUGUGUGAUUGAAAACAGUUGUUUUUUUUGGGAGUUAAAUGUCCUCACUUGGGUCUCUAUAAGUUUCAAUCGAUAUUCUCUGUCAGUCUAGUGAGUUAGAGAAAAAUCAAUGUACACUCGAGCACAGGCGUCCCCAACCCUGCCCCUUGAGAGCUGCAGAGUGAUAACUUGAAUUCCCUGUUUUCUUGGGUCUGAAUUAGUUGCUGAUCUUUAGGUGUAGACUCUGUGGCCCUCCAGGACUGGAGUAGGCCCCCCCUGCUGUAGUAUAUGAUGAAUGUUACCUUCCUUGUCUUUAAAAACUGGGAAUAUUUAAGAUCGUGGUACCAUUCAAAUAUGUGUGUACACUCUGCAAUGUAUUCUUAAAUUUCUAUGAGCUUUUUAGCAGAGUAACCAAUUGUUGACUAUAACGAGGAAGGCAAAAAUAAAAUAAGUACACAGGUCGCAUUACACAUUUGGGUUUAUUUUAAGCAGAUAGGUUGCAUUUAAAUUGCUAGCUAGCUAUUCACCGGGUGCCUACAGGUUACCCUUGAUUGGUGCUAGCUCUCUUCUGUAUUGUGUGUUACUGUAGUGAAAAUAGCCACUGAUGAGUAUCAGAGGAGUUGUACUGUAAUGAUUCUUCCAUUCAUGCAGGGGGCAUAGUGGUACACAAGCCCAUAAUGCAAUUGCCAAUUCCCAUCAUAGGAAUCCUUCCCUCCAAACUGAAUAAGGUUGUGUCCUUUUUGUUCUUGGUCGAUUUGUUUAGUGCUAAAAUUGGUGGUGGGUAUUUUCUCUGUAGUCUAUUUAAGUUUUAUUUAUUUGAUGCUAACUGAAAGACCAGGUUUUUUUUUUUCUUGGUACCUUAUACCCAAUCUCAUGUUCUUAUACAAUAUAUGAAGUUAUAUUAAUAUGUAUAUUCUUUUUUUUUUUUGUAAUUGUUACAUUAAUCUACAUUAAUACAUUAAAGCUUCAACACAGCAGUAGUUUCACUCAGUACCCCUCCAAAUAGUGAGAUUGUCCAUGUGAGAAGUGCUGAGUUUUGUUUGGGAUGAUUGCCAUGUUAAUAAUCACGUUUUGGACCGGUUCAUUGAAACUACAGUAUUAAAUUGUACACUUGAAAACAGUAUGUAUUGCAGUAUGAUCUGUAUUUAAAAUGCCAUCUUUUGACCCUUUUUUCAAAGAUGAUGCUGAAAAAAUGACUUUUAUUAUUCAGAUAUUUAUUAUCAAAAUGGUAAAUAAAUACAACAUACAAAGUGUA